UAAUAUUAGUGAUGGGGUUAUGGGACUAGGUCCAGAGCCUAAUCGGCCCAGGCCCCGGACUUGGACCAGCAGGCCCAAGCCCAGUGAUCCAGAGCUCAUUCCGACCCAACCGUUAGGCCCAUCAAAGAGUGAAAGCUCAGGGCGGCCUGCCGUCCAGCCCUGCAGGGAGCCUGCCUACCAGCCCAGUCAGCAGCCUGCCUUCCAGCCUACCCGGGAGCCUGCCUUCCAGCCUACCCGGGAGCCUGCCUUCCAGCCCAGCAGAGAGCCUGUCUUCCAGCCUAGUGGGGAGCCUGCCUUCCAGCCCAGUGGGGAGCCUGCCUUCCAGCCUAGCCAGGAGCCUACCGACCACCAGCCCGCUGGGAGCCUGCGAUCCAGCCCAACUGGGAGCCCGCGGUCCAGCCCAGGUGGGAGCCUGCCUCCAGCCCAUCGGGGAGCCUGCCUUCCAGCCUACCCGGGAGCCUGCCUUCCAGCCUACCCGGGAGCCUGCCUCCAGCCCGGUGAGAAGCCUUCCUCCAGCCUAGCGGGAAGCCCACCGUCCAGUCCAGCAGGAGGGAGCUCAAGCGUCCAGCCUGCCAGCCAGGCUGACCUGCCAGCCAGGAAGAGUAACGGCCAACAAUCAAUGCGCUACUUAAUUAUGUGUUUAAUUCCGUAUUAAUGUUGUAAUUAAUUUAGUCAUUAUUAGGUUCGGCAGUUACCAUUUGUAAUCGCCUAUAAAAGGCAAUUCGAAUUUCAAAUACAGAUAUGCUAUUUCUGGCUAACUUUCC